AUGACGCAGAAGAAGAAGGUUUACGUCGCCUUUUCCUCCGUUCACGACGACGAGAACGACUCUUCCUCGAAUACUAAUAAUACUAACGACGCUUUUUCGUCGUACAGUACGAAAGAAAAGCAGUUGCUCCGUAAACUCUUACUCCACGAAGGCCAAGCGUUAACGAGACCGAGAGCGGAAGAACAACAAUUAAAAGAACAGUUGGAAAAAAGGAAGAAAAAAAUUGUCCUGAACGCGAGCGAAGUCGGGUCGAUACGCAUGCCCUCGGAACUGUUCGGGAUGCGACGAGUGAAAGUUCCAGGGAUGAUUUCGUCGUCGCGGAUAGAAAGGUUUGGAGAAGAGGAGGAGGAUGAGGAGGAGGAAGAAGAAGAAGAAGAAGAAGGAGAAGAGAAGGAUGAAGACGCGCCGAAAACGCAAAAGCGCGACGGGACGACGAAGGAUAAAAAGACGAAGAGCAGAAGCGCUUCUUCUUCGUCUUCGAAAACGAAAACGAUGAAAAGCACCACCACCAUUCGAGAAAGGAGGAAGAUUUCGUACUCGGCGUCCGAGUGCAGCGAUUUUGGGCAACGGUUUCCGAUCGAUUCCAUCGUCGUCGAAGAUCCCUCCAACGGCGGCGGCGGAGAACAAACGAUUCGUAUUUCUGAUUUGACCGUGAAAACCUUCCUCCGAGAUUCCGUGGAGCUCCUCCCGCAGUGCGUGCCUCUCGGGUUACAAUUCGGCGAUUUUCGAUCAGCCGUGUCUCAAUCCUACGAUUCCAACGACGAGGACAAAGAGGCCUGCUUCAGAGGCGACGUCUGCUACCGAUUCCUAAAAACCAAACGAAACGAAGAAAAAAUCAUCUGGCAUCCGAUUUCCUUCCAACGCAAAGAACGCGCGAAAGAGGAAAAAGAAGCCGAGUGCAACCUGGAAAGCAACGACGGGUGGCCCUUCGCGUUUCGCGCGUCCCUCUCCGAGGAUAAAAAAUACAUCCAACUCGAAAUGCGAUUAUUCUGGCCGAAAAACGAGCUCCUCAAAUACGGCAAAGAAGCGUUAGAGAGAGACGGGAAACAUCGGUUCGAUAUUUUCGCGAAAAACGUCGAGUCGAUGUUGUAUUAUCUGGAACGCGGUUACGUCGGGAGAGGUCUCUCCGGGGAAGAAAAUCGAGAUAGCGAAAGCGAAAAAAAAGGAGGAAGAACAAAAGGUGAAGAAGAAGAAGAAGAUAGCAGCAACGUCGUGAAAGAAUUGAGCGUGCGAAUGAAGCGUCGGUUAGGUCGAGCGCCGUUCGCGACGGAAAUUAGUCGAGAGCUCGAGCGCUUGUAA